AGAGUUUAUGAGAUCAGUUAUGGAGGACGAAACAAGUCAACAGAGCCAGAAAGAUGAGAAGCUUCUCGUUUCUGUCACUCCGUUUUCGAUAAAGGAUAUUUUGAGCGGCAAAGAUGACGAUAGUGAUGUGCAAGAGUCUGCUUUGGACAUGUCCAAAAGUCAUCAGAGGAUUCCGGGAGACUCCCCUGAUGCGCUGUCUACCCUACCGUCCGACUGCGCGUCCUGCCACCAAUCCGACGAUUCGUCCGGCCCGCCCAACCGCAAGAAACGCUCAAGGGCGGCGUUCACGCAUGCGCAGGUGUUCGAGCUGGAGCGCCGCUUCGGGCAGCAGCGGUACCUGAGCGGACCGGAGCGGGCGGAUUUAGCGGCCGCCCUUAAGUUGACGGAGACGCAGGUGAAGAUCUGGUACCAGAACAGGCGGUACAAGACCAAGCGCAAGCAGAUGCAGCUGCAGGAGGCUGGGAUGGUGCACCAGAACGCCAAGAGGGUGGCUGUUAAGGUGCUGGUCAAGGACGAUAUGCCGUUGUUCCUGCAGCAAAAGUCGUACUACCCCGACCAGGGGUUUGACCGGCCUGGCAAAACCACCAUCCAAAAGUACCCAAAGACCAUCCAGGAGUCGAUGUUGAGCUUGUGUCAGCAGUACUCGAACUCCAUGCAGAUUUUCCCGUACUUCAAUUACUAUCAUCCCUCGUUGAUUGGGAGUUUGGGUCAUCAGGACGACGAUGGAGGGUUGGAAAAUAGGAAUGAUCAGAAUUAGGCAAGCAGGCGGAGCCCAAUGAAAAUAGUUGUUUGCUCAUUUUGUAUCCAAUCGGAGGGAGCUGAAGUUAGUUCAUUUUUCCUAGUGAGCUUUUAGACGGAUAUGGAACCACAAGAACCUCGAAAUAACUGGACUAUUUCAACUUUUACGCAAAUACUUCAAGAAUCGUCUGCCAGAGAAAAUUAGAGAGAUGAAAUAUGCACACGACUCUGCGUCGACUGAAUUCCAGAUAUUUGAGAUGAUAAAUCAAAUGAAAUUGAUUUCUUCUCAGCAACUGGAUAUAAUGUUUUUUUCUCUCAUCCAACUAUUUGUGAACAACUCCAAAAUGUCAUGAUUAUGUAUAGGGCUAUAGAAAGUAUGAGAAACCAUGAAUCCCAACUUUUGGAUAUGAAACGAGAUGAUUCAAAUAACUCCCAUCUGUACGGAAAAUAACAGGAAUAAAGAUAUUUGAUGGUUAGAACAUCUAUUUGACUUUAGAGUUCUCAUAUAC